AUGGCGGAAACGCAACCUACGAAGUCGCCCUCGCGGUCCUUCCGCUCCUUCAUCUGGGACACGGACACUCAUCUCAAGAGCCCCGAGGAGCGCAAGCUCCUUCGCAAGUUGGAUUUCUCCAUCUUGACUAUCGGGUGCUUAGGCUUCUUCAUGAAGUAUCUUGACCAAGGAAACCUCGCCAAUGCCUACGUAUCAGGUAUGCAAGAAGACCUGAAAAUGUUCGGCAACGAGUAUACGUAUGCCCAGACGGCCUACACAUGCGCAUAUGCCGUCAUGCAAGUUCCCAGCACCCUCAUCGUGCAGAAGAUCAGGCCCAGCAUCUGGCUAGCUGCUAUGGAGGUCGCAUGGGGAGUCUUCACUUUUGCCCAGGCCGGAACACACAGCUCCAGCCAGCUUUACGCCUUCCGGUUCUUCGUCGGUUUCUUUGAAAGCUCCUUCUUUCCUGUUUUGUUAUACGUGCUUGGCUCGUGGUACACGAAAACUGAGCUUGCGAAGAGAGUUGCAAUCUUUCACAUGACAGCACCCCUGGGGUCUGCAUUUGGCGGAUACCUCCAAGCGGCAGUCUACAAGAGCCUCGACGGCGCUCACGGCCUGGCCGGUUGGCGAUGGUUGUACAUUGUCUGCGGCUGUAUGACUGUGCCUGUAGGCCUAGCCACCUAUUUUGUUCUCCCGGAUACGCCGUACACCACGAAAUCAAAGUUCUUGACGUCCAAGGAAUGCGAUCUGGCCAUCGAACGAGUGCAAAAGGCAGGAAAGGCAGCACCUGCAGGGGUCACGCUUGCGACGUUCAAGCGUGUGUUGACAAAGUGGAGGUGGUAUGCUUUCGUUCUAGGCUAUGUGCUGUAUGGUGAAUCCUGCCAGGCUAGCGGCUACUUUGGCAUCUGGCUCAAGUCAGAAAACUUCUCAGUUGUGGACCGAAACGUGAUUCCCACCGGCUCGAGAUUGAUCAUGGCGUUUUGUGUCGUUCUAUGGGGCUUCCUGUCUGAUUACACUGGGAGUCGAUUUGCCCUGAUUGUGGGCCCUUUGUUUCUGGGUUUGAUCCCCAACGGCAUUCUAGCUGUUUGGCCACCGAGCGUGGCUUUGAAAGAAUUCGCUUUCCUCACGAGCAGUAUCCAUCUGAUGACUGCUGUCUUCUACACUUGGGCUAAUGAAGUCUGUGCCGGUGACAAUGAAGAACGCGCCUUGGUCAUCAGCAGCAUGAAUGGAAUGCAAUAUGCAGUCGAUGCUUGGUUGCCCAUUGUCAUUUUCCCUCAAACAAUGGCACCCAGCUUCAGACGUGGUUUCCCUGCUACCUUUGGCUUUAUCAUUGCCGCGAUUCUUGCUGUCAUCGGCAUUAGAUUGUUGCUCUUGAGAGAGCAGAAGCGGAACCCUGUGGCCCCGGGGACGUCAAUAGAAGCCGGAGUCAUCGGACAGAAUGACAAAGCAGACGAAAGCACAGGCGAAGUAGACAAGGCUAUAGAACAGUCUGUCGACACGAAGAAGUAG